AUGCUGCACAGCGCACCGCCACCCCGGGCCUACCUGGUCCCGCUGGCCAUGGGCGGCUUCAGCUUCGACAACUACUACAGGGGCACUACCCUCAUCGGCGGCACCGACCACCACCACCACCACCACCAACCGAUCUUUCAGUCGUACGCCGAUGCCGUUGUAGAUUACGCGGACCAGCUGCCGCCCCCGGCGCCCUCGCUCAGCCCCCAGGAGACCAACCCGUACGCGCGCCUCGCCUGGACCAACAGCAGCAACUGCAGCAGCAGCAGCAGCUCGACCACCCCGCCGCCGCUCGACUUGUCGAUCAAGCCGACCGGCAACGGGGAUCCUUGGCAGCCGAUCGAGGUCGACUGCCGCGCCGAGGCCACGACCCAUCAACGCCACUACGCCCCGGCGCCCGAGGAGGACAACGACGAGGAGGACGAGGUUGUGGUCGACGACGAUGACGACGACGACGAGCUCAACAGCCAGCGCAGCUGUUCCUCCGCGCACAGUAGCUCCGCGCAACACCAGCGCCAGCACGCGUCCCCGAUCAUGGGCGCCAUAUCGCACCAGGAGGCCGAGCGGCUUCGCGUAGCCCAGGAGAUGGGCGUGGCCGGUUACUCGUCUACCGAUCUCCUGCUCAGUCCCAGCAGCCAUCACAAGCAACAAAGCCACUACCACCAGCUCCUGCAGCGGACGCCACCGCCCCACCAUCACUUGCAGGGCACCCACGCCCUGACGCCGCCGAGCACGCCGUCGCCGCCCCAGCCGCAGUGCUCCGGCAAGCGGUCCAAGUCGUCGUCGUCGUCGUCCUCGUUGGUGGCGAGUCCGGGGACGACACCCGUGGCGGCGGGCAAGCCGGCUCGGGCCAAGAAGAAGCACGCGCGCAAGCUCAAGUUCGACGAGGACAAGAGCAGCCCGGUCUCGGGGACGGUGAUCAUCGGGGAGGACGAGGCCGCCCUGUCGGGGGAGCUGGAGGGCGAGUGCGCCGACAUCGAUCCGUCGCUGAACAUCGUGAACGUGAGCCCCGAGGCCCGGGCCAAGCUGGCCAAGAUCGAGAACAAGCUCGGCCCGUACCAGUGCAUGCUGUGCCGGCAAUUGCACGAGGACGCGUUUCAAUUGGCCCAGCACCGUUGCUCCCGGAUCCGCAACGUCGAUUACCGGUGUCCCGAGUGCGACAAGCGCUUCACUUGUCCGGCCAACUUGGCGAGCCACCGGCGCUGGCACAAGCCCAAGCCCAGGGGGGCCGACGAGGGGGCGCUCAGUUGCACGAGGUGCGAGGCCAAGUUCGCCAAGCCCGUCGCCCUCAGGAAACACGUGGCCAGCCACCACCCGCCCGCCGAUUCCACCGAGCCCAACAACAACAACAGCCAGGUCGACAAGGUGGUGCUGCCGCCAUCGCCGAGCGGUAACGCUGCCCCGACCAUGGAAGUGGCCUGA